AUGCUCCUUGAAGCCCUGCUCCCCCUUGGUGCUCUUGCCGUUUACCAAGCCACCUACGAGGCGGCAGUGCUGCGCAACAUCGAGGAGGGGUACGCCCAGACCAUCAGCAUCUCGGGCGAUGCGCUCGUGGUUGGUGCUCCGGCAGAAGGUUCCGGAGUGGUCUACGUCUACUUGCUGAGUGCCGGGCAGUGGCUCCAGGAGCUGCGGCUUGUCCCAUCCGACGCCGCCGUCGGCGAUCGCUUCGGAAGCUCGCUGAAGUUGUCAGGUGAUUACCUCGUGGUGGGGGCCAGCGGCCACGACGUGGAUUCUCUCUCCGAGACGGGGUCCGCUUACAUCUUCACCCGAAGCUCGGGCUGGCAGCAGCAGGCGAAGCUGCUGGCGAACGACACCAACCCUGGAGAUCGCUUCGGCGUGGCCGUGGCCGUCACUGAGGAGGGCCACGUGCUGGUGGGCGCCGACUGGCACACGGGCCUCGGUGGCCCGGGCAGCGGUGCGGCCUACGUGUUCCGUCGUGACGACACGGCAACGGGCUGGUCGCAGGAGGCGAAGCUGACGGCCAGCGACGCGGUGCCCUUCGAUCGCUUCGGAUCUGCAGUUGCCAUGUCCGGCUCCUACGCCAUUGUCGGUGCGUGGGAGGCAGAUGCGGUCGGCGCAGCCUACAUUUUCGAAAGGACCUUGGAUGGUUGGUCCCAAGCCGUGCGAUACGAGCCGACCGGCAACUCCACGGAAGGGGACAUGUUCGGCAGCGUGGUGGCGAUAUCGGGGGACACCGCAGUCGUCGGCGCGCACUGGGACGAUGGGGAAGAUGUGAAUGGCGGCGCGGCCUACAUCUACACCCGGAAUGCCACGGGCUGGGACCAGGGCAUGAAAGUCUACGCAGAUGGCACCAGCAAGGAAGACCGCUUCGGCAUCGCCGUGGACGUGUCAGGGAACGCCGUGAUCAUCGGCGCAUACUUUGACAGCGACCAUGGCAUUUGGAGCGGUUCGGCCUACAUCCUUGCGCAGUUGGGUGGGGUUUGGAGCUUCCAGGAGAAGCUGACCUGGAGCAACGCAUCGGCUGGAGACUUUUUUGGACAGUCUGUGAGCAUUUGGGACAGCCAAGCCGGGCCCUUCACGGCAGCAGUGGGUGCACCGGGCGGAAACUGCAGCCUGGUCUUCGAGGGAGGAUUGCCGACGACCACGACGACAACAACGAGAACUCUCAGCAGCACCAGCAGCAGCAGCAGUUCUCUGAGUUCCACCAGCACCAGUACCACUUCGCAGACCACCUCCAGUACCACUUCGAGGUCUUCGACCUUAACCUCGACGACCUCCAUCACUUCAACGACAACGGCGUCGAAGUCUUCCACCACCACUACCAGCAGCGCCACGACAUCGCGGACCAGCACGAGAACGACAAGCACUUCGUCCUCUGCAACGCUCACGAGCAUCACCUCGUCGUCUUUGACACAGACAACCUCCACCAAGACAGCUACCACCCGGACAAGCGCCACCAUCACUGCCACCACGACUGUUACCAAGUCCUGGACGUCCACGAGUACGACCAGAACGCGAAGCACCACGACCGCGAGAAGCAUCACGACCACGAGAAGUACCACGCCCGCCCCCACAGCCGCUCCCAGUGGCACCGACGGAGGAGUGGUGAGCACCUCUGCUACCGUCAUCUCCGGCACGGGCUCUGCUGGCGGCUCUGCUGGCGGCUCUGCCAGCACUGCCAGCACCUCUGCCGGCGCAACGCGCGGCAGUGCCGGCACAACCGGCUUCGCCGGCGGUUUUAGCACCACCAGCACAGCCUGGAGCGACGGGCAACUUCAGUGGGGCUUCGAGGAGUGGGAGUUUGACAUGAAUGGUGCCAAGCCAUGGACAUACGUGACUGGGCUCGUCUUCGGGCCCUUCGCCUUCAUCACCUUUUCACCCUAG